GUGAUAAAUUAAGCCAUAAACUGAGAUGGAAAACUUGUUGUUCGCCAUCGUUUGCGGUCCUUUUGCCGUCAUUGCCACUGUUUUAAAUGUCAUCUUCCUCUUUUGUCUGCACCACCCGGCUGAGGGAGUAAACCUUCGACAGCCUUUACGUUUUUUGCUAAUUGCCUUGAUAGGCAAUUCAUUGAUUCAGCAAGGCACCAUAGUGCUGACGGUCCUCCUUGCCUUUCUACAAGCAUCUGAGCUGCUUCUGAUAGUGUCUAAAGCCGUGGUUUACCUGACCUACUCUUCCUGCUUCUCCUCCAGCGCUUGGAUCAGCAUCUUUUACUACAUAAAGAUUGUACCUCACACUUGUGCCCUGUUGAACUGGAUUAAGAAGAACAUCAGGAUUAUAGCCUGCAGUGGUUUCAUCUUGGAUCAGACCGUGCUUCUGACUGCCAUGUCCAUUGGCACAGCCUCUCACCUGCUUCCUCUACUACAUCCACCCAACUCAGCCUCCAGCCCCUUUAACGGCACGAUGUCGGCAGAAGACAACAAGCUGACGGCAUUGCUGCUGAAUGUGUGUAACCUGAUAUUUUUUAUAUAUUUAAUUUGCCCUCUCCUCACACUGACAGCCUCCUGGAUUAAAACGUUUGUGUAUCUACGUGGACACAUCAGCAGAAUGAAGCAGACCAAGGAAAGUUCCACCAGCUCACAACUGAAGAACCAGAUGCGGGUGACUGUUAUGGGUAUAGUGCAGGCUGCGGUGUUCCUGCCCAGCUGCUCGUGGACACUGUUCACAGUUUUUGUGUACUCUACACCAACGUUUGUAAGGAUUGAUGGCAAUAAACACAUCCUUAUUACAAUAUCCUCCAUAUCUGACCUGGCUAUUAUAGUGUGCUUGGGAUUUUCACAGUCUGUAUUUAGGCUCAGAGCAGCUUCUGCAUUAAAACGGCUCAAGAAGGCUUUGGGGAUACUGGACCACACAGAUACGGGUUCAUAG